UCAAAAUAAAUUUUUAAAUUUUAAAAUCAGUUUACAAACAGCAGUCAACACUAUAACCUCAAAGAGUUGAGGCUUCUUUUUUUAUAUUUAUUAAAACUGUUCAAUUUAUUUUUCUUUAUAAGUUUAACUUUGUCAAAUUUCCAUAAAACUGAUUGUGAACAUCCGCUCAGAGACAAACUUCAAAAAACGGGUAAAUAUAAUUAUAAAAUUAUAAUUAAGCAUAAAGUAGGUACCGAUAAAAGUCACCGGGCGACCCGGCCAUGGGUCGGCGGUCGUUACCCAUUACGUCGCCGCGUCGCGGCAUCUUAUCUUCUCAAUAACAUGAUUUUCACAGAUACCCAAAGCGUCAUUCGACAAAACCCUAGACUUCUAAUUUAUAUUAUAUAUAUCAUCGGUUCCCAAACUAUGCGCUGUGUCACCCAAAGGUGGCUCGAGCACUGAACAAGGAAGGCGCGGCGCGCGGUUUGAAUUUUGUACAUGUAGUUUGUCCAUCCGAUUCUUCACUGCGAAUACAAUUUUCUUCAUAUUCACUUUUAGGCUUUUGGAACAGUAUUAAAGAUGAAUAUCAUGAAGUUAGUAACAAAGUUCCACAUCGUAUUUGUGUGAAGUAGGAUUUUCAGCAGUAACCGUAUUAAAAUCAAAAUAUCGGUCCAGACUCUCUGAAUAAAUAUUGAAGACUGGUAAAAGAAUUGCCUGUGGCCAAAAAACGAAGUACUAUUUCCAAUUUUGUACGUGCAGGUAAUGCUUUUCUAAAAAAUUGUCUUGUUUUUGAAUUAAUGGCUUAACUUUCACCAGUAAAUAUUGAAAAAGGUCAUUAUCCAUUCUCAAAAAGUUUUUGUAUGAUGAUAGAUCUUUAUUUCUUAAUUCAAAACAAACUAUUUGAUGCGCCAACACUAUUUCUUAUACUAAUCCAUUGUCGAACCCAUAAUCUUUUUUUUUAAAAGCUUCUUGCUUCUUUUUUAAGAUUUCUUUACGAAGCAUACCGCAAACAAUAAGUACUUCUUUUUUUGUUGGAUCCAUGAACAGUCUCGUUAAAAAAAAAAUUAAAAAAAACAGCACUUCUACUCGCGAUCAAAUCACUUUUGAAACUAAACAAUAUUUAAAUACAUACAAGACUAAAAAUAAACAAGCAUAUAUGUGAACAUGCACGUGCGUAUUACUAUGCGUAUUCUUGCAUGAUAUAUAUUGCAAGCAAGUCUAUAAUGCAAGAAAUUGCAAUAGUGUGAACCCGGCAUAAGGCUAGGUUCACAUGGACGCGCGUUAGCACUCCAUAAAACGCGCAUAUAACCGUUCAGAUGGCUGCGUGUCAAUAUUAUUAAUUUCAACCCUGCGUGUUGAAUAACGGGAAUGUUCUAGUCAAAAACUAUUUACUUAGUUCAGACUCUUUAGACUGUUAGUUCAAACUGUCAUUGAGAAUGGAUGUAAUAGAUGCUGUGUGUGUGUGGGCCGUCAACCGAAAGAUGAGAAGACGCAGACAAAUAAUGGAAAGAAAAUAUUGGGUUCAUCCUAUUUUAAAUACAAGGCUUUCUCAUAGUCUUUAUGUCACGUUAUAUCCUAAAAUUCGAUUGUUCGCAUCGAAACGUGAGUGUCACCUGAACGGUCCUACAAUAAUACAUGAAAUUUGAAUUCGCGGUGUUCGCGCGGAAAUAAAAACUUGCGUUGUUAUCGCGAUCGACGGGCGUAUACGUGCGCCAUGUGAACGAUGUAUGAGAAACUCGUCUAUCUAAACACAUGCGCGUCCAUGUGAAUUUAGCCUAACUGCGCUUCAACUCAUCUCAUUGGCGAGAUAUGGGACAGCCGUUCUAUGUAACUAUAUAGUUAAUCCACUUCUGUUGGAGUGGAUACAGCUAAGCGCAUCAACUAAUCAAGUUGUUCGUAAUCUGAAUCAUAAUCCAUUUUUUUUUAUAAAAUUAUAAAUUACACAUUGUGUAGGCAACUAGAAUUAUUGUAACAACUAGAAACUAAUAGAUACCUAGUUUUUAUCAUUAAAUAUUUAAAUAGAAUUUUAAGAUUUUUAAGUAAUUUUAGAUUCUGAGCGGAGUGAGGAAUGUAUUGGCUUUACAAUAUUGUUUUUAUUUUUUAUGAGGAAAUGAGAAAAUUAAGAAAACUUGCUUUAUCGUUGCUUACAGAUAUACAAUAAAUUUUCAUCUAUAUCUUACCUUCCCAACUUCUCACCUACAACAAUGGUUACACCCAGUGGAGUAUGCUUUUUGUACUACUUUUAAUAAUACAAAUGAUUGAAUACAUUAUGAACAUUUCUGAGCUCAUAAUUGUCAUCUGUAAGUCCAGAAAUAAUCGGAUUAACUUCAUUUACAGAACCCUUUGCUAUUGGUAUUUUAGUGGAUUUCUUCUCUGUUGAAGAAAACCGAAGUUAUGGAUUUAUUUUCCUUAGAACAGUUAUUUUCAACCUCAUUGGGUCCACGGCUCUUCUGAUUUCGAAAAUCAAAUUAGCGUCUCUCUUACGAAUAAUAAUAAUUUAAUAAUACGAACAAAAUAAACAAAUUUACUUUAUUACUGUAUUAUAUUUACUAUAGACGCGACUCCCUUAAAUAAUAAACGAUGACACCCCUGCGAGCCGCGACGUGCAAGUUGAAAACCACUGCCUUAGAACAUUGAUUUCUUUAACUGUUUUUAAGUGUAUUUGUGCUGUUUAUAAAUACUUUUGUAUGUUAAAACAAAAUAUUAAAGCAAUUCAUUAGCCUAGUCACACAGUUCAACACAUACAUUUUUAAAACAAAAAAAUGUUGACAUGUGAUCAUUAAAGAGUUUACCAAAUCCUGCUCUGCACCUACUGAUUAACCUAUAAAUUUUAUAAAAAUCUAUUUUUUCUCUAUAGUAUACAUAGUAUACAUAUUAUUUAUAUAUAUUAUAUAUAUUAUAUUUAUUAAAGUAAUUAUUAAAAUAAAACCCAACAAAUUAAAAAUGAUAUCCAAUAUUGAUCUGCUUCAUAUUUUCGUGUUUGUGCGUUAUUUAGAAAUUAUGAAUACUUAAUCAAAAAUAAUUUCAUAACAAAAUAGGUAUGACCAAUUAAAAUAUAAAACUCAGAAUAUAUUAUUAUAUUAUAAUAAUAAUAGGUGUACGGUCUUUCAAAUGAAACGUUUUAUAUCUAUGCUAGAUGUAUACUCUAUAAUUUAAUUGUAUUAUUAAUUAUUACUAACUUUUGUUCUAAUUAAAUAGUGAUGCAAACUUUUGGUUCUAAUAGAGUAACAAUUCUCUGUGCUAAAUCUUUAUUGUUAUAAUAAACUCAAGUUAAACUGGUUGAAUAUAUUAAUAUAUUCAUAAUAUAUAACUUAAAUUUAAAUGUAAGUUUUUUUUUAUCAACUAUAUAAAAUUAAACACACAAGUUAAUGCGCUUUUUGUGAUCAAUUUUAUUUUGUGUUUUAUACAAGAAUAUAAUUCAUGCAAAAUUUUUAUUAAAUUAAAACACUUAAUACAAAUAGUUUUACCUUUUCACUAUUGAGAUAUAAAUAGAUUUGAAGUUACAGCAAAUAGACAGGUAGGUAUCUAAUUAUUAUUAUGAAUACAUACCUAAAUUUAGGUAGUUAAAAAUUUUUAUAUUUUACUCAGACUUUUAAAAAUAAUAAUUAUAAUUUUGGUUUUAAGAAUAUUUUAAAAAAUGUAAAUCAAAAAUUUGUUUUUUAUUGAUUUCCAGUGACUUAUUGUUUCAAGACACCAUGAGUAAAGAAAACAAAUAUGCAAUUAAUAUAAAUUUAUUCAAGAUAAUUGGAAUUUACCAAUUAGUUAAUCCAAAGAGUUUAAAAAUACUUGGUUUUAAUAUAUUUCAGUUGAUCAACAUAACAAUUAUCAUAAUUUCUACUGCAGUGGUUGUAGUAGGAUUAACUGGGUUUUUUUUCAAAAUAAAUAACUCUAUAGACAACAGUUUUGAAGAAAAUAUGCAAUUGAUAUUUUACAUUGCAUGUAUAACAGUAGGAAAUUUAAAAUUGAUUAUUGUGAUUUAUAAUGCCGAUGAAGUGUGGAAUUUAUUUUGUAUGAUAAAUAAGUCAUUUUUAGAUUGUAAAUAUGGCAAACAAAAUUUCUAUAAACUAAUAAAUUGUGGAAAAAGUUUUCACAGAAUUUUUCCUUGGUAUUUCUUUAUGUUUUUUAUGACGGCAGUUACAUGGGUUUCAAGACCAAUUAUUUUAAAUAAUCAAAAUUCAAUUGAAAGCUCAUUAAUUAAUGGCACAUUUCAUAUAGCAAAGGUUGGUAACUUGAAGUACCCUAUUACUGAGAAAACAUACAACAGAAAUUAUAUAGCAAUUUACCUAAUGGAAUGCAUAAUACCAAUAUUCAGUGCAUAUGGAUUAGUAACAUUUGAUCUUUUCUUAAUUGCAAUACUCAAAAUAAUAUCAACUCAGUAUGAAAUAGUGGCAUCUGCUUACGAGACUUUAGCUUACAAAUAUAAAGAUGAUAGUAAGUUGAUUAUUUAUGAUUUUAUACACAUAUUUUGCUCUAUGACUAUAACAUAAAUUAUGGAAUUAUACUUAAAAACUCUAGUUCAACAAAUUUAAUGUAAUCAAAUUAUAUUAAAUAAUAAAAUACAAAUUUAUUUACAGGCAUUAAAUCAAUCAAUAAAAAAAUCUUUAAAGAUUUUCUAUCGAUCACUCAGGAUUGCCAAAAUAUUUAUAAGUAGGUAAUCAUAUGGUAUACAUAUAUUGUGAGUUCAAUUUUCAAGGUAACAUGAAAUAUUUCAAAUAAAUAACUGUGAAUUUGAUUCGUUUUUUUUCCUAUUUACAAGACAUAAAAAUACACUUGGUUUUGAUAAAUUCCAAUUUUCAACUAUUUUUGUCUACGCAUGCGCAGUAAAAUAAAAAUUUAGGAACCACUGUUUUUUUGGACUAGAUUUGAAAUUCUUUAUUUUUUCUGAGCAACUUUGACCUUUACAGUUGUUUGUUAUGAUUAAAAUUAACAUUUUUAGUACUGUCAAAAGUUUCGAAUUAGGAAAUUCGUAAUCGUUGCAUUUUUUAAUGGUCCAUCUUAAUAAUACAUUUAUAGGUAUUCCCAUAAAAAUAUAUUUUUAUAAAAAUAAAACUACUACAUUAUCAUUAGUAUUCUUUAUAAAUUAUGUUUUUAAUAAAUUUAAUAAACUACUAUCGAAUCUUAACACCUAGGAAACUUUCGAAAACUUUCGAUCACCCUAAAUUUUGAAGUUAUCAAACUCCAAAGGUCAAAGUUGCUCAGAAAAAAUAAAGAAUUUUAAAUCCAGUAAACGGUGGAUCAUAUUAAUGACAUUUUUAUUUUAUUACGCAUGAGUGUACAGAAAUUAUUAAAAAUUGAAAUCUAUCAUAAACAAGUGUAUUUAUAUAUCCUGUACGUAGUAAAAAAAACAUAAUACAUUCAAGGUUACGUGUUCGAAAUAUUCCCUAUUACCUUUAAGAUUGAACACACGGUAUAAAGUUUAUAUAGUUUAAUUAAUAUGAAUAUAAAAUAUCACAAUUAAAAAUCAUAUCUUCGUAUAUCAUUUGUGCAUCAUUAUUCUUUUUAACCUUUUUUAUGAGAAAUUUUUGGGGACGAUGAGAUCCUUUGCGGCCAAAUUUAAAAAAUAUCAAUUGCUUUUCGACCAAAAUCGUACCAUUCUGAUUUUAGCCGAUUCACUUUUCGGCCAAAACAAUACUAAGUUAUUAAGCAUUAUAUACAUAUUCAAAAGUAUAAAAUAUACAAGACGAAAAUGACAUCCUAGGAUAAUGGGGACAGGCGCAGCCACUGUUAUGGUAAUUUAGUAUACCUGUUAGCAAUGAUAAUCCAUUGCUUAAGAAAAAACGAUUCUGAGCAAAGUUUAGUUGAUAGUGAUGCUUUGUCAACACUAUACAUAUAUGCCAUAUUAUAGUAAAAUAAUUAAAUAGGCUUUAAAUAUUUUCUUUAAUAAUAUUUGUUUAAUGAUGUACCGAUUUUCCCAUAAAAUAUGAUUUUUUUUUUUUAAAUUAAACAAAUUACGAAAAUAAUUCUGUCAUUAUUUUAAAUUUUGUUUUUUUAAUAUAAUUCAUUUUAAAAUAUUUUUAGACUUAAUAUUUGGAAAGAAAAACUUUAUAUUUGUCUGUUCUAGCAAUUUUUGAGUCAUAUAUAUUUAUAUAUGUUAAUUACGUUAAUAGUUUAUAUUUGGUAGGUACUCUGUAGAUACAAUUGUUAGGACUAACAAAAAUGCUUAAAAAUUUGUUAGUGGACUAAUGAUAAGUCGUUCUAGUGGUCAAAAAAAAUUGUUAUUUAAUGCAGUAUUUUUUUUUCUUAUAAGAAUUUUAAAAUCAAAUUUUGAUAAAAUUAGUAAAUAUGCCCUAAAUUAUAUUUCUUUACUAAUGAUACGUAAGCAAACCGGUUAUACAUGCUUUAAAUUGUAAUAUUAACGAUUUAUAUCAAAUUUUAAGAUUAUAAUUCUUAUAAAAAAAAUCCUACAUUAAAAUUAACUCUUUCUUAUUGUUCAAUAAGUAUAACGUAUGAAUGAACGUAAUGAACCUCUUGCUAAAUUUUAAAGUAUGUUUAUUUGGUGUAAUAAUUUUAUCUUUAGAGUACCUACCGAAUAACAUUACGUGAAAAAUGUAUUCGGAAUAAAGUGAGAACCCAAACAUACGAGUUAUAGUAUUUUUCUCAAAUCGUUUAAACCGUAGCUAUGAUGGCAUGAUGGUAGGCGAUACUAAUACACGGCCAUUGCUUAAUGGUUAUAAUUUAUAAAUAAAGUAUUUCUAUUAAAUAUUUCUGUAUUUGGUAUAACAAUUGUAUUACUUAUAAAUUAAAAUAUUAUAGUUAAAGCAAUGUUAGCAUAAAUUAAUUUGUCAUGCUUACAUGGUAUUGAAAUUCAACUAUCAAAAGUUAAUUUUGUACAUCGAGUGUAUACAUCUCGAUGUUUUUCUAUUACAAUUGAAAUAAAAUGGCCAUCUUAAAGUGAUAUCAAUCAAAUUUGAAGAAUUUUGGGAAGUUUAAAUAUUAUCAUAAUUUAUAACUUAUAAUUAAUAUUAUAAUUGUGUUAAAUAACAUCCUUUCCACCAUUUAUUAUUAAAUAUAUCUAGAGAACGGAUUCAUAUGCACUUAAAUCCACAAAAAAGUGCUUAAAAACGUAAAAAAAAUAUUUAAAAGAGCAAUAAUGAUAGAAGAGUAAUAUAAUUCCCUCAUUCUAAUGGUUUUAACUUAAUUACCUUUUUUUUAAUUUAACUAUUUAUCUUUUAACUUAAAAUAAUUAUCACAAAUUCAUUUUUUUUUUCAAAUAAAUUUGUACGUCUAAUAUAAAAUAAAUAACUAUGAUAAUCAUGUUUGUGCUAUUAAAAAACUAUUUUUAUAAGUUAGAACCAUUAAGGGGGUGGGGGUGCAAUUUUAAACCAUCUACCUAAUGAAAUUCAUAAUUUAAACCAUUAUUGCCUUUUUAAAUAUUUUUCAAGUGACUUUUAACGUUGAUUUUUUUGACGUUAAACGCUUUUUUGUGCAUAAAUAUAAAUCCGCCCCCAAAGUAUAACUAUUAUGGUUAUUAUUCAUUUUCAUGUAAAAAAUAUUCUUUUUAUUAUGGUUCGAAACGUCUGACCAAAAAGUUCGCCUACCUAUUUAUUAUUUUUAAUGUAUGAAACAAUAUACUUUCUUUUGGUUUAUUAUUUUUAAGUUCCUUCAUGUUGACAAUUACCAUUGGGUGGUCUCUUCACACAAAAAUUCUUCAACACCAUAUUAACACAUUUCUCAUUACUUACGCUUAUUACAAAUUUCGUUUAUGCAUUGUGUAAUAAAUAUAUACAUAUUAAAUUACAAAAUAAAAAAUUAAUUUACUUCAUAUUGUCUUAUCUAACUGGAUUUCCAUGGUAUAUACUUUAAAAACUUUAAUGAAUAAUUACAGGAAAUUGGAAAUAGUUUAUAGGAUUACACGGCCUAUUGUUUUAUUAUACAUGAUAGGAGAUGCAUUAGGAUUGAUAACUAUGCCUUACCUGAUUGUAAUGGUACGUAUAAUAAAAAUUAAAAGCUGUAACUUUUUUGUAAUAUUUUAAUUUUAAUUUUUUAAUUAAUUAAUUAACGUAAGUUUAUUAAUCAAUGCAAAUGGAUAAAUAUAGUGUUAUGUGCAAAAUGGAUCAUCAAUUUAUAGUUCAAGUUUAUUGACAUUCUUAUGGACAGUACUUGUUGUUGGAAUUCAGUCAUAUCUGAUUUGUAGUUUAUUUCAACUCAUAAAUGAGAAAGUAAUUACUUAAUAAUUAUAAUUGUGAAUUCAUAUUCCCUAGUGAACAAUUUUUUUUUAGAAAGAGGCUGUUAAUUUUGGAAUAUACAGUUGUGAUUGGACAUUGUUAGAUAUUAAAAUUAAAAAACUUAUUCUGCUAGUAAUGCAAAUAAACAGUUCAAAUAACUUAAAAAUGAACGUGACACCAACAACUUUUAUUGAUCUACCAAUGUUUGCAACAGUAUAGUGAUUCAAAUUAUUUAUCUAUAUGGAUCAAUGAUCAUGUUGUGAACACCUUAAACUUAUUAUUAUUUAUUUUUAUUUGCAGAUUAUACGAUCGUCUUACAGUGUAACAUCAGUAAUGAUAAACUCUAAUAUACAUAAACUAUAGUUUAGUCUGAAAUCCACAAACUUAUUGUAUAUUAAAAUAAUAUAAUCCCAAAAUUGUAACUUAUUGAAAUUGUACCAUUAUAUUUUAUUAUUAUAAUUAAGUAUAUCCACGAGCUUAUUAUAAUCACAUUGGUACCAACCACAUAUAAACAUAUUUUAUAAUUACACUUUUAAAUCUUAAAUAUUAGUGAAAAAAAAUUUAGUUUUCUAGCUG